AAAUGCAGUUAGAUUGAACUCAAGCCUCUAAAGAAAAACAGUGCUUUCAAGAAAGCUUCUUUCAAGAAAAGUCAACCUUGUUACCAUUGUGGAUUUUAAACUCUUAAAGAAAAUGAGAUCACGUCUCAGAACAAUUCUUUUAUUCUUCUACUAUUUCAUAUUUUCCAACAAUUGUCACUGCCAAAGGAAAACAGUCAACCAUCUGCUGAUCAUCUUAUCAGUCGCAUAUAUUAUGUCACUGCGGACCAACUUGACGAGCUUCAAUCUCUAGCGAGCCGCGGUGGGUCCAAAAGGACCAAGCUUGAGUCUUUCAGUGCUUUCUUAUGGAAAAUGGUGGCGAUUUCGACCGCAGGAGAUAGCACCAAGACGUCCAAGAUGGAGAUAGUGGUGGAUGGAAGGACUAGAUUAAGUGAAGGAUGUACGGAUAAAGAUUCACAAAUGGGUACAUGUUUUGGAAAUGUUCUGUCAAUUCCCUUCGGCAGCGAGAAAGUGAAGGAACUGAUUGAAAAGCCUCUGUCUUGGGUGGCAGAGGAGGUCCAUGAUUUCAAAAAAAAUGCAGUAACAAAGGAGCAUUUCUUAGGCCUGAUUGAUUGGGUUGAGGCACACCGGCCGGAGCCGGCUGUGACAAAGAUUUAUGCAAGUGGGAACAACGAGGGACCCGCAUUCGUCGUUUCCCCUGGACAACGUUUCCCUGUUUCGAAGGUGAAUUUCGGGUGGGGCCCGCCAACGUUCGGGUCGUAUCACUUUCCAUGGGGAGGGAGUACUGGAUACGUGAUGCGGAUGCCAAGUCCGAUGACGAAUGGCGACUGGGUGGUGUAUGUGCACCUCCCGGUGAGACAGGUGGAGUUCAUAGAGACUGGGGUGGCCGAUGUGUUUAAGCCUCUAACUUUUGAUUAUCUAUUUAUCUUGAUUUGGUGCAAACAUCUUUAUAAUUUACGGCUAGAAAUUUUCAGGCGAACUUUAUAAAUAUCUUUAAAAUAUGGCCCCUGUAUUGUUAUACUUUGUUCGUAUUGGUAUACUUUGUAUACAACAAUCACAGUUGUUGUUCAAUAUAUUAUUGGUGUUAUU